AGAGCGAGGGAGGGAUCUGCAGAAAGUGCUGGGGAAGGGAAGGAGGUGCGGUAAAAAACUGCUCGAUCUGAGCUCUGGGGAUGCAAACCCAUGAGCUCAUCGUGUUUUCCAGUCACAGAAAGGAGAGUUAAAGGAAAAAAGAAAAGUGUUGAAGUUGUUUUUUGAGAGAGGCGAAAACUCCCGAGGAGCCGAAGGAAGAAAUGGAGCAGCUGGUGAAACUCCUCCUGUGGCAGAUUCUGCUUCAGCAAAGUUCUGUGUGCUCAUAUUCAGUCCCAGCUGACGCCUCCAACCCCUCCAGCAGCGUGGUGGUGUCGGUGCUGAACAUCAGCGCAGCCCUGGGCUCGCAGGCCGUGCUGCCCUGCAAGAGCCACCGCAUGGUGUGGACCCAGGACCGCCUGAACGACCGGCAGCGCGUGGUGCACUGGGACCUGCUCAGCUCCUACUUUGGGGACGGCAGGAUGGAGAGGCUCUGCGACAUGUACUCGGCUGGGGACCAGCGUGUCUACAGCUCCUACAACCAGGGCAGGAUCCUCAUGCCCGAGAAUGCCUUUGCAGAUGGGAAUUUCUCGCUGGUGAUCAAAGGUGUGGCAGAGAGUGAUGCAGGCACCUAUUCCUGCAACCUUCACCACCACUACUGCCACUUGUACGAGACUGUGAAAGUCCAGCUGGUCAUCGCCAAGAGAGACGAGGAGCCCAGCGAGUACUGGGACGGCGAGAAGCCGGUGCUGGUGGCCCCGGAGGGCAGCACGGUGACGCUGCCGUGCGUGAACCGCCAGCACAUCUGGACGGAGCGGCACAGCGAGGAGGAGCAGCAGGUGGUGCACUGGGACCGGCAGCCCCCGGGCGUGCCCCAGGACCGCGCCGACCGCCUGGUGGAUCUGUACGCGUCCGGCGAGCGCCGCUCCUACGGGCCCCAGUUCCUGAGGCAGAAGAUGAACGUGAGCCGCGGAGCCUUCGGCCUCGGGGACUUCUCGCUGCGCAUCUCGCGCCUGGAGAGCGCCGACGAGGGCACCUACUCGUGCCACCUGCACCACCACUACUGCGGGCUGCACGAGCGCAGGAUCUACCACCUGGCCGUCACCGAGCCGCAGAGGGACAGCAGGGGGGUCAACGUCACGGUGCCUGCUGCAGAUCCCAACGUGGUCAGGGGCCACAAUGUCAUCAAUGUCAUCAUCCCCGAGGGCAGGAUGCACUUCUUCCAGCAGCUGGGCUACGUCCUGGCCACCCUGCUGCUCUUCCUCGUCCUCCUCAUCAUCGUGGCACUCGUCACCCGCAGGCGCCGGCACAGAGGUUAUGAGUACAACGUGAAGAAAUAUGGAGAGAAGGAUGUGAACCUUAAAGAAUUCACAGUGGACACAACAGAUCUGACCCCACACAAAAGUGAAGACAUCAGGCUGGAUUACAAAAACAACAUCCUGAAGGAGAAGGCUGAGCAAGCCAGAAGCUGCCCAGCAAAGAACAUUGAUUUAGACAAAGAUUUCAGGAAGGAAUAUUGUAAAUGAAGACGCUCCCAAGCUGCUGGCUGGACCAGAAGCUUCCAUCCAAGAUAGAUAAUGUGGAAAAGAGAUGGAUUUUCUUAUUUCCAUCUCCCUCCAGCUCCCACAGAAUUUUUUCCACAUCCACUUUUUUCUUUUUUUCUCCCCCACACAAGGGUGCAAAUGCUUCAUGGAAGAGUUAAACUGUCUUGUGUGCAUUUAUGGGGUUGGGUUGCCUUUUCUCCUUCCUCUGCUCUCCCAACCCUCCCUCCUUCUUCCCCUUUUCUCUCUUGACAAUUAUUGUUGGAUUUUAUGCAUCAAUGAUUUUUAUGAGCUGAAUCAGCAGAGGUUUUGCUUUGAUGUUUCAAUGGCACAAGUCCUACAGCAUUUCCAUACUGUAGGAAAUUCCAUUUAUAAGAAUCACUACAUCACCA